CCGAUCGGCCUCUUUUCCAUUGCGCAUGACGCAUAUCGGUAUUACAGUAAGACUAUCUUUAUCUGUUGACUUUGUUGUUGUCAAAUCCAAACAAAAAUAAAUUUCAUUUCACAGUAUGAUGAAUAAUUUUGAUACUGAACUAUUUAUAAGUGAAAUACAAAAGCGGCGAUCGAUUUGGGAUACGUCGUCUCCGGAACACACGAACAAAGAGUUAAAAAGAAGGGAUUGGGAUGAAGUUAUUGAUAUAUUUGCAGUAGAUGAUAUGUCUGCGAGUGAUAAACAUGUUUUAGGAUUCACACUAAGAAAAAGAUGGAAGAAUAUCAGAACAUGUUUUGCCAGAGAGCUUAAAAGACAGAAAAAUUAUGGAUCAGGAGUUGGACGAAAAAGCGAAUACAUGUAUUAUAAACAGUUACUUUUCCUAACAAAUGUUAUGAACAUCGUAGAGAAAGAUAUUGACGAAGAGCCUGAAUAUAUGUAUUAUGACGAUAAUGACAUUGAAUUACAGCAGACAACAGUCUCAGAAAACGUUAGAAAGUGUAAACGUAAAACUUUAGAUGAUGUAGAUUCAUUUAGUAAUAAGGAAGACGAUGAGGACCAUUUAUUUUUACUAUCUUUACACAAAACUUUACAAAGAAUUCCGAAAACAAAGAAAAUAGCAGUAAAAAUAAAGAUGUUAUCAAUAUUAAAUGAAGUUGUGUUGAAUGAUGAGAAUAGUAGACUAUAUAAAUAGGGAUCACAAAUAAUAUAUGUAUUUAUAAUUAUUAAUAAAAAUUUAAACUAGUCAAAUAUUAGUUUUUAGUUUUUAAAGUAAGUUUAGUAUUUAAAAUCAGAAAUUGUCAAGAUACCAAUAAACAACUUCAUUGUAAUAAUUAAUUGCAUAGAUUAAUAAGCAAUCUCAUAGUUCAAUGGACUCUCAAUUGUGUAUGGUUAAUUACGCUUCUCUUCCAAACCCAGGUUUAACAAAGGACUGGAGUCCCCUAAUUUUUUCUAAAUAAAUUGAACAAUUGUUUACAGUCAAUGUAAUUGUGCAGAUAGUUUAAUUUUACAUUCAUAUGUUUUUAAGAUGAUUACUCACAUCAAUUCUUAAUUUAAAAAGAAACUUGCGGCUUCUGCCUUAAUCUGCCUCUUGUGACCCUUUCCAAAAAAAAUUAAUGAGAGUAUAGGAGAUGCAUAUUACUAAACAAAACAGUACUGUAAUAGCUUAUAUAUUGAAAAUUAUUGAUACCAUUUGAUUGAAUCUAAGAAAGAAUAUUUGAUAUGUUUGUACAUGUUUUAAAUUAAGCAAUGUAAUUGCAGUUUA